AUGACAAUGAAUCUGAGGAGCAGAAAUCAGCGGCUGGGCUGCUUGCUUGCUCUCCGCUUUCUAGCCCUGGUUCUGUGGGCCGUCCAUGGGGCCAAGGCACUGGACAACGGCUUGGCGAUGACGCCUACCAUGGGCUGGCUGCACUGGGAGCGCUUCAUGUGCAACCUUAACUGCCAGGAAGAGCCGGAUUCCUGCAUCAGUGAGCACCUCUUCAUGCAGAUGGCAGAUCUCAUGGUCUCAGAUGGCUGGAAGGAUGCAGGUUAUGAGUACCUCUGCAUUGAUGACUGUUGGAUGGCUCCUCAAAGAGAUUCAAAAGGCAGACUUCAGGCAGACCCUCAGCGUUUUCCUGGUGGGAUCAGCCGCCUUGCUGAUUAUGUCCAUAACAAAGGACUGAAACUAGGGAUUUAUGCAGAUGUUGGAAAUAAAACCUGUGCAGGCUUCCCUGGGAGUUUUGGAUACUAUGACAUUGAUGCCCAGACCUUUGCUGACUGGGGAGUAGAUCUACUAAAAUUUGAUGGUUGUUACUGUGACAGUGUGGAACAUUUGACAGAUGGUUAUAAGUACAUGUCCAUGGCCCUGAACAGGACUGGCAGAAGCAUUGUGUACUCCUGUGAGUGGCCCCUUUAUGUGUGGCCCUUUCAGAAGCCUGAUUACACAGAAAUCCGACAGUACUGCAAUCACUGGAGAAAUUUUGGGGACAUUUUUGAUUCCUGGCAAAGUGUAAAGAGUAUCUUGGACUGGACAUCUUCUCACCAGAAGGGAAUUGUUGAUGUCGCUGGACCAGGGGGUUGGAAUGACCCAGAUAUGUUAGUGAUUGGCAACUUUGGUCUCAGCUGGGAUCAGCAAGUAACUCAGAUGGCCCUCUGGGCUAUCAUGGCAGCUCCUUUACUCAUGUCUAACGACCUCCGACACAUCAGCCCUCAAGCCAAAGCUCUACUUCAGAAUAAGGAUGUAAUUGCCAUCAACCAGGACCCCUUGGGCAAGCAGGGGUACCAGCUUAGAAAGGAAGAAAACAUUGAAGUGUGGGAACGACCUCUCUCAGACUUAGCCUGGGUUGUAGCUAUGAUAAACCUGCAGGAGAUUGGUGGACCUCGCUCUUACACCAUCUCAGUUGCUCCGCUGGGUCGAGGAGUGGCCUGUAAUCCUGCCUGCCUCAUUAUACAGCUCCUCCCUGAGAAAAAGGAGCUUGGGUUCUAUGAAUGGGAUUCAAACUUAAAAACUUGGAUAAAUCCCACAGGUACUGUUUUGCUUCGGCUAGAAAGAACAAGCCAGCAUACAUCAAAACUCUUACUUUAAAAUUUGCCAAAGUGACUACUCCACUUCCUGUCCACUUUUUCCUCCAUUCCCACUUAAAAAGCUCUAUUUCCUUGAGUAAAAUUACAAGUUGUAAACUUAAAAAAAAAAUACUUCUAAAGGUACUCUAAAGAGAACAGUUUGGGGAAAGGCUUUGAAACUAAUUUUACUACUAAGAAAUUGAUAGGAUUGAUUCAUUCAUUUCCACAGCCCUGAGGCAGGUGUUUAUCCACUGUAAACUGCAGAGCCAGGAUUUAAACCCAAGCUCUUAAACACUACACCGCUGCCUAUUGAGGUAAUUGGAUGGUGCUGCUUAUGAUCUUAGCGCAAAGGGAAAAUGAAAUCUACCUCCUCGGUUGAAGGACAGGAAAUAGCCAUGCAGGAAUAACCUUGAUAAACUCAAAUUCCCAGGUUGUUUGUAAUCUAGAUCCAACAAAUGCAGAUGACUUAUUUUCACUAAGAAUAACUAGAUACAUUAUGACCUAAGAUGCAAGAUGAGCCUGUAUACGUCUGUUCUGGAGACCCCCACACCCCUUUAAGAUGAAUUGCUUUAUCUCAUGGGGUCCUGUGAAGGCAGCUAUAUUUAAACUGGGGUAUGCGGGCAUGGAUAUUUUCAGAGGAAUUUCCAGACAUUCUAAUUCCCUACUUUUCCUACAAUUAGUUUGCCUGAGAACAAACCUUUAGUCAAGGCUUCAAGCCUGCUCCUUUACCACCUUUCUUUUACAAUUACCCUUUUCCCACACAAGCAAAAACAUAAAGGUAGGCACUUCACCCAUCCUAAAUGCCCAACAGUACCAAAAGAUCCACUCCAAACACAAAGUGCAUGUUGGAAUAAUUCUUUUGCCUGUAAGAUACUUACCAAUUAUUUUAACUAAAAUUGGAGGACUAAUAUUGUCAGUUGAUAAAAACUGGAAUGAAAUUGUUAAACAGACUUACUCAUCCACGGACACAUAAACUAAUUUGGAAGAAAACUGCUCCACAUUAUUGAGAUGCACUUCCAGUUAUUAAAAUGUGGUUGGUGGGAAUGUAAAUUAGUGCGCCUAUUAUGGAAAACAGUAUAGAGGUUUGUCAAAGUACAAAUAGAUCUGCCAGAUGAUCCAGCAAUCUCAUUACUGGAUAUAUAUCCAAAGGAAUGGAAAUCAUGUCAAAGGGAUACUUGCACUCCCAUGUUCAUCUCAGCUCUAUUCACAAUAGCCAAAAUGGAACUGAUCUCAAUGUCCAUCAACAGAUGAAUGGAUAAAGAAAACAUGGUAUAUAUACACAAUGGAGCAUUAUACAACGUAAUACUACUCAGCCAUAAAAAAAAAAAAAAAAAGGAUUCUGCCAUUUGCAGCAACAUGGAUGAGUCUGGAGAAAAUUAUAAGUGAAAUAAGUCAGGCACAGAAAUACCGCAUGUUCUCAUUCAUGUGGAAGCUAAAAUAGUUGAUGUCACAAAAGCAGAGAAUAGAAUAGUGGCUACUAGAGACUGGUUAGGGGAGGGGGAGGGAGGAAGGGAUGGGGAGAGGAUGGUCAAUGGAAACAAAAUUGUAUAUAACUUUAAAGUAGGUAGAGAUGAUUUUGAAUGUUCCUAACAUAAAGAUGUGACAUGUUUGAGGUGAUGGAUAUACUAAUUACUCUUAUAUGAUUAUUGCACACUGUAUAAAUGUACCCAAAUAUCAUCCUGUACUACAUAUAUACAUUUACCAUGGGUGAAUUUAAAAAUCAAAAGAAUAAUUUCAGAAACAGAGGUUACCAGAAAAUGGGGGGAAGGAAUAACAAGAAGUUAUUGCUUAAUGGGUAGUUUAUGUUUAGGAUGAUGAAAAAGUUUUGGAAAUAGAGGUGGUCACACAGCAUUUGUGAAUGUAAUUCCACGGACUUGUAUGUUUGAAUGGUUAAAAUGGCAAACCUUAUGUUAAUAUAUAUUUUACCACAAUAAAAAAAUGGUUCUUAUAGAAGUAGAGUUUAAUAACAGUUACCAGAAGCUGGGAAAGGAAGGGGAAGUGGUGGGUUAACGGGUACAAAGUUCUAGGUAGACAGGAAGAAUAAGUUCUGGUGUUCCAGGCUGACUAGAGCUAACAAUAUUAUAUUGUAUGUUUUGAAAUAGCUAGACAAGAGGAUCUUGAUUGUAAUCACUACAAAGAAAAAACAAAUGUUCAGGGGAUGGAUAUGCUAUCUACUCUAAGUGAAUCAUGGUACAAUAUAUGCAUGUACUGGAACAAUCCAUCGUAUUCCACAAAU